CCGGGGAGAGCGGGGCACGGAGCCUCCACGCCGCAGGAGGGCGCUGCAGGCCGCGCCGGGCGGAAGCGCGUCAGGGCGGGCGUUGCCAUGGAGGAGCUGAGCGCGGCGCUGGCGGCCGGCGUGUCCCUGGCAGCGCCCAACAGCCCCGCGGGCCCGCACCCGCGCCUGGCCGCCUACAAGCCCCGCGGCGGCCCGGGGCAGGCGGAGCGCCGGCAGCGGCUCCUGCGCCUGCAGCGGCAGAGGCGGCUGGACUACGUGAACCAUGCGAGGAGGCUGGCGGAGGAUGACUGGGCAGGGGUGGAGAGCGAGGGCGAGGAGGGGGAGGAUGCGGAGGAAGAGGAGAUGGACGUGGAUGCUGGCAAGAGGCUGCCCAAGCGCUAUGCCAACCAGCUGAUGCUGUCAGAGUGGUUGGUGGAUGUCCCUGUGGAUCUGGAGCAGGAGUGGGUUGUAGUCGUGUGUCCCGUUGGGAAAAGGGCGCUGGUUGUGGCAUCCAGGGGCUCGACAGCAGCUUACACCAAGAGCGGCUUCUGUGUCAACAGGUUCCCAUCCCUGCUGCCAGGGGGGAACCGGCACAAUUCCAUGGGCGAGAAAGUGUACUGCAUCUUGGACUGCAUCUACAGCGAGGCAAAGCAGACUUACUAUAUCCUUGACGUGAUGUGCUGGAGAGGACACCCUGUUUAUGACUGCCAGACUGACUUCAGAUUUUUCUGGCUUUCCUCAAAGAUCCAAGAGGAGGAAGGGCUGGGAGAGAAAAGCAGGAUUAAUCCUUUCAAAUUUGUGGGCCUGCAGAACUUCUCCUGCUCCGCGGACAGCCUGUGUAAGGUGCUGGCUAUGGACUUCCCCUUCGAGGUUGACGGGCUCCUCUUCUACCACAAGCAAACCCACUACACCCCCGGCAGCACCCCGCUGGUGGGCUGGCUCCGGCCCUACAUGGUACCUGAAAUCCUGGGGCUGGCCGUGCCCGCCACCGUGCUCACUGCCAAACCAGACUACGCUGCGCGGCAGCUUCAGCAGAUCAUUGAGAGCAAGAAGAGCAAAAAGCUGGCAGCAGCAAAGGGGGACCCGAGCAGCGCAGCGGCCACGAAUGGACACUACGAGCUGGAACAUUUGUCUACCCCUCAGCCAGGAAACUCUCCCGAGGGCUGGGAUAGAGCAGGGAGCCACAUGGAGAAUUAGGCUGCUGGGACAGAGAGGUUGGGUAAGAGAAAGGAAAAGGUUCCCUGCUUCUCACUGUCCCUCACGCUCCCUGAGAGGGGGGCAAAGGUAAUCAAGAUAGGAUGCGUUUAAAGGGCACGAAGGCAGAAUGUCUGCUGCAAGUGCCUCUGGGUUAUGAUGAUGUUGGGUUUUUGUUAGUUUUCUUUUUUGCCAGGGCUUUUGUGAAGCCUCAACGGGACUGCCCGGUUCUUUGCUAAGGCAGUCGUGCGUCAGGAAAUGAAACGAUCCAUCCCCACGCUGCAGGGCUCCCGCUUCAGCUCCUGACCCUGCUGCUGUUAAAGUCCCUGGCAAAGCUCCAGCAUAGGAACAGUGCUCAGACCUCCGAGGUGCAGCUGCUGCUUGUAGCAGCUCCACCUCCCCAGCCCCGGAAAUCAGCCUUUGAUCCGGCUCUUUCCCCAGCCCUUCUCAAUGCAAGUGUUGUGGUCAGUCCCCUUCUGGGAACCCAAAGUUUACAACAGGCUGCUGUAAAUCCAAAGGCUGGGCUUUCCACACCCCACCUCACAGAGAAAACCCCAAUUCCCUUGUAUCCCCUGCCUCCAGGCACAGCUUUGUGCAGCAUAAGCAUGACAGGAGCCUGUCCUCGAGGCUUUCCUCAGUAGGGGGAGGAAGGAAUGGUUUUGCUCUGAAAAACGCCAGCAUUGAUGGUGCCAAAUAAAAGGUUUCUCAGAAAGACAAA